AUGGAUCACACUCGCGACCCUUGCCCGUGGGUUAUCCUCAACGAUUUCGGUGGUGCCUUCGCCAUGGGUGCUAUCGGUGGUACGAUCUGGCACGGUAUCAAGGGCUUCCGUAACAGCCCUUACGGCGAGAGGAGAAUCGGCGCCAUCACUGCCAUCAAGAUGCGCGCCCCUGCGCUCGGCGGUAACUUCGGUGUUUGGGGUGGUCUUUUCAGCACAUUCGACUGCGCUAUCAAGGGACUAAGGAACCACAAGGAGGACCCGUGGAACUCCAUCCUCGCCGGUUUCUUCACGGGUGGCGCGUUGGCGGUUCGUGGUGGCUACAAGGCGGCCCGUAACGGUGCUAUCGGCUGCGCUGUUCUCCUGGCUGUUAUUGAGGGUGUCGGUAUUGGUUUCCAGAAGAUGCUUGCGGGCGCCACAAAGCUAGAGGCUCCUGCGCCACCUCCGUCCAACGAAAAAGUCCUUGCCUAAAUACAAUACAGCGGUCAUUUAAAAAGUUCGAUUUAUGAUGCGCAAAGAUUGUCGACCAUAUCAUCUCUCUCAACUCCUUUCUCCCACCUGGCCCGUAUCGGUUGGGCUAGGCUGUGUAUUUGUCUACGCAUUUCAUGACGGUUCAGCAUUUUAGGUGGCGGCGUUCCAUGUAACAUAGAAACGGGUUUGUUGGUUACGCUUGCCAUAUAAGGGGGGUCGGCGUGGAUGCUUUG